ACCAGUCUUAAAAUACUGUGUUAACGUAAAUUGGGAAAGCAUAAAGUCCUCGCUAACAAAAGAAGAUAUCCUCGAAAGCCACGUACACACUCAUAACUAGGAGAUCAGAUAGAUUCUCUCUCUAUUUUACCAAAGAAGAAUCAGCUCAAGUAGAGAAAGAAAGAUGGCCACAGACUUCAAAUCCUUACCAGUCAUCGACAUCUCUCCUCUACUGCUCAAGUGUGAUGAUCCCGACAUGGCAGAGGAUCCUGGCGUCAUUCAGGUUGUCCAGCAACUGGACAGAGCUUGUCGGGACGCGGGAUUCUUCUACGUGAUAGGUCAUGGAAUCUCGGAGGAUCUUAUCAAGAAAGUCAGAGAGAUCACGCGUGAGUUCUUCAUGCUUCCUUAUGAAGAGAAACUAAAGAUCAAGAUGACUCCUGCUGCUGGAUACAGAGGAUAUCAGAGAAUUGGAGAAAAUGUAACCAAAGGAAAACCAGAUAUUCACGAAGCCAUUGAUUGUUACAGAGAGUUUAAGAAGGGGAAGUAUGGUGAUCUAGGCAAAGCCAUGGAAGGACCAAACCAGUGGCCAGAGAAUCCUCAUGAGUUCAAAGAGUUGAUGGAGGAGUAUCUAAGGCUCUGUACAGAUCUUUCAAGAAACAUCUUGAGGGGAAUUGCAUUAGCUCUUGGAGGAUCACCUUAUGAGUUCGAAGGAAAAAUUGCUGGAGAGCCUUUUUGGGUGAUGCGUCUUAUUGGCUAUCCUGGUGCUCCCUUCACCAAUGGCAAGCUCGAAAACGACGUCGGAUGCGGAGCUCACACUGACUAUGGCUUGUUAACUCUUGUAAAUCAAGAUGAAGACAAAACAGCUCUACAGGUGAGAAACUUGGGUGGAGAUUGGAUAUCAGCCAUUCCCAUCCCUGGAUCAUUUGUUUGCAACAUUGGCGACAUGUUAAAGAUACUUUCAAAUGGACUAUACGAAUCCACACUUCAUAGAGUGAUCAAUAACUCUCCUCUAUACCGUGUCUGCGUUGCAUUCUUCUAUGAGACUAAUUUCGAUGCGGUGGUGGAGCCAUUUGAUAUAUGUAAAGAUAAGUACCCUGAAGGGAGAGGAGAAUCACAAGUUUUCAAAAGAGCUGUCUAUGGAGAGCAUCUGGUGAGCAAAGUCCAGACAAACUUUGCAAUGUAAUGCAACAUAAAUUUCUCUCACCUUCUUUGUACACAAUCAUCAGUACUUCACCGUCUGGCUUGGCUUGUAAAUUAUAAUAAGCGCUUCCUCACGUCUGUAUUAUUAAUCAACACAAAAGGUUUUGUUCAAAUUCGUUUGAGCAUACCCAAUCGACUCAGUAAACAGUAAGUCAACUUAAUGAAUUAAGUGUGAGCCUCUA